GGCGCAUGCGCGAGUCUUCUCGGCGGCCGUCAAGCGCUAAUCGUAAUAGGGCUGCCGUGCUGCUUCAGUCUAGCCAGUCUGUUGUGAGGCGAGGCGCUCAUCUUUAGUCAGAGGGGUUUCAAGUUUCCAUGUGAUCGGAACGUUCAGCGGGACUUCACAAAUUAGCUGCACCCCUUUCCCCGUUAUCUUCUUUUCUGAAUCGGAGUAAAGGGCAGGCUUUGCCGAAAGUGUCUCUUCAACCAGGAAUGUUUCCACUUGACUCAUCGUUUUUCAGCGCUUGAUCGGUGGGAGUGAAAAAAAAACAGGAGGAUCUUUCUGUCAGGAGCUCGGCGAAAGGCAACCGCGAGGCAAAGGGUUUAGGUAGACCUGUUUGUAGUGGAAAAGUUGUAUUUUAGGAUCUACGGAGGCGGCUUAGCGGGUGUGACACGGAUCACUUGCCCUUCCCUUUCAUUCAUACACCGCGUUCCUGACCCUGAUCACGAGCACUUUCCUGCUUUGCCCUCGGCUGGAUUCGUCUGAUGCUGCGAGCAGCCAGCGGUGCUUUUUAACUUUGAAGCGGACGUUCCUAAGAAGUUUAUUAUUAAUAAUUUUAUUCCCCGUGCUAACGUGGACGUCGUAUUUGGAUGAAUUUCCUCCACGCCUGGAACCGGGGCAGUUUGUAAGGAAGGGGCUCCUCUUGUACCAGCGCCAGCUGUCUGCAUUUGUCUCCCCAAUUCGCCUCCUCCGUUUGCGCGAUGCUGCCUUGCCUGGGGAAGCUCAUGCGGCCCACCUUCUCCUUGAAGCCCGGACUUUUCUUUGGGAAGGUCCCCGUGCCUACAGCGAUUCCUGUUCGCUGGGCUCAGCUGUCGCCACGCACGCAUUUUGGCACCCACCCUCAUAAGGAACCCAUGGAGCCUUUGAACUCCCCGCAGGGCGCCCGGGAAUUCAUCUACAGCCUCCACCCAAGCGAGCGGAGCUGCCUCCUCCGGGAGCUGCACCGCUUUGAGUCGAUCGCGAUCGCACAAGUCCCAGAAGUGAGCCGCUAUUCUAAACGCCCGGUCCCGUUAAGUCGAACACCUGGAGAACUGGCUGCAUCACAGGAGAAACUUGAAAUGGCACCACCGUCGUCUGCUCAGUUGAGAUAUGGUAAGAUGUUUUUAUCAAUGUGA